CGGCAGUUUGCUGGUGGAGCCGAUGACGCGCACAGCACCCUGCCUAUAAGAUUCGAGGUUUGCUCAGUGCAGUUUUUUCUACCCACUUUAAACCUUCAGGUUCUAAAUAUCAGGAAAGACAGGGAAUGCUGUGUGAAAAUAGCCAAAAGUUCUCAGUGAACUGCAGCCAGGGGACUCAGACCAGGACAGAGGUAGAAAGAGCUGCCAGAGUGGGUUUCAUUGGAAGCCUUUUUGGGGGCUGAGUUUUUGUUGUUAAUUUACUGGAGUUAUGGACUGAACUGACUGUGUGAAAGCCAGAGCAGCGUUAGCAUAAAAAUAGUGACAAAGAGUUUUGAAUAUCAUAGUAUAUAUGGGUUCAGAGUAUUUUUAUUAAAGAAGUUAGUGAGCCCAGCACAGCCAACAUCUGCAUCUUCACCUAACUGCAGAAUCAAAAGUUAAGAAACAGCAUCUUCAGGGCACUUGGAGGUGAGGAGAAGGAUGGAUCCCAGCAAUUGUUUCCUUCUGAAAUUGGAAGGGGAGCAUUUCACGUACUGCAACACCUCCAAUGGCAGUUCGGAUCUCCCCCAGAGCGAUGACUGGCUCCACCCGGGGAUCCUCUAUGUCAUCCCUGCGAUUUAUGGGGUUAUCAUCCUGAUAGGCCUCAUUGGCAACAUCACCCUGAUCAAGAUCUUCUGCACAGUCAAGUCCAUGAGAAAUGUGCCGAACCUGUUCAUCUCCAGUCUGGCUUUGGGAGACCUGCUCCUCCUGGUAACGUGUGCUCCUGUGGACGCCAGCAGGUACCUGGCCGACAGAUGGCUAUUUGGCAGGAUGGGCUGCAAGCUGAUCCCCUUUAUCCAGCUUACCUCAGUGGGGGUGUCUGUCUUCACACUCACGGCACUGUCCGCAGACAGGUACAAAGCCAUCGUCCGGCCAAUGGAUAUCCAGGCGUCUCACGCCCUGAUGAAGAUUUGCCUCAAAGCUGCCUUGAUCUGGGUCAUCUCCAUGCUGCUGGCUAUCCCAGAAGCUGUGUUUUCUGACCUCCAUCCCUUCCACGAGGACAGCACCAACAAGACCUUCAUUAGCUGUGCCCCAUACCCACAUUCUAAUGAGUUGCACCCCAAAAUCCACUCCAUGGCUUCCUUUCUGGUAUUCUACAUCAUCCCACUGUCAAUCAUCUCUGUCUACUACUACUUCAUUGCCAAAAAUCUGAUCCAGAGUGCUUAUAAUCUUCCCGUGGAAGGGAAUAUCCAUGUCAAGAAGCAGAUUGAGUCCCGGAAGCGGCUUGCCAAGACAGUGCUGGUGUUUGUGGGCCUCUUUGCUUUCUGCUGGCUCCCCAACCACAUCAUCUAUCUGUACCGUUCCUACCAUUACUCCGAAGUGGACACCUCCAUGCUCCACUUCAUCAGCAGCAUCUGUGCACGCCUCCUGGCCUUCACCAACUCCUGUGUGAACCCCUUUGCCCUGUACCUGCUGAGCAAGAGCUUCAGGAAACAGUUCAACACUCAGCUCCUCUGCUGCCGGCCUGGCCUGAUGAACCGGUCCCACAGCACUGGCAGAAGUACCACCUGCAUGACCUCUUUCAAGAGCGCCAACCCUUCAGGGGUUACCUUCAGCCUCAUCAACGGGAACAUCUGCCAUGAGGGGCACGUGUAGGCCGGCCUUUGGCCCUGGCCCCUGGGGGCUCCUCAUUUCUCUAUAUGGUUGGCCAGGAGCCCUGAGCCUGUUGCCUUUGCACCCUCCAAAGACCUUUCAGAAGGCUCUGGAGUGGGGCAGGCGGGUGGGAGCAGCCCAAGGGGAUCACUAUUGGGUUUCAAAGUGAGCUUUUAAGGCUUACAUUUCCCCUUUCAUAGGCCUCACAAGCAAGUCUUACCUUCCCCAGUGAAUGCUUCUUUCCUUCUUUCUUCCUUCCUUCCAUUCUUCCUUCCUUUCUUUCUUUCUUUCUUUCUUUCUUUCUUUCUUUCUUUCUUUCUUUCUUUUUUGGUACGGGGAUCAAACUCGGGACCUUGCGCUUGCGAGGCAAGCGGUGGCACUACUGAGCUAAAUCCCCGGCCCUGUGAAUGCUUCUUCUGGUGGAGAACAAACUUUCCCUUUUUUAGAAAAAGGAACAAAUAGGAAGUUAUUAUGUUAAGCAUCAAGCCCAGAUACCGUAUACAGCUUUGACUAAUUAAAUCAUAGACUCUAUAUGAACAACUAGCUUUGUUUAGCAGAGAAACCAUGCAUUGACUACUUUGGGAAAGACCUCACCUUGUCACCGCUUUAAGCAGAAGCUAAUACUUUAAAAACAUGACUUGACAUCUUUUUCAGGAAUAUCGCUGUACAUAAACUGAGAAACAACUGUCAUUUGCAUUCCUAACACGAAAGCCAACCCUUUGAAAGAGCCUCCUGUAUGAGAAGCAGUCCCCAAAUUUAUAAUAAUGGAAGCUAGUUUAACGUAAGACAAAUCUCUAAACAUUGAUUUAAAAAAAAAAGAUGUGACCAAAGAUAUAGGAGAAACACUCAACACAAAAAUUGAAGGCAAAAAUACAACCAAAUACAUAAAGAUCCACGUGUGACUGUAGGGUGGUAGUAUCUAACACUUUAACUUCUUUUUUUUUAUUCAUUAUGUUUAUUAGUACAUUUUAACUUCUUAUUCCUUGAAGUCCUGAUUGCUGUUACCCAAUUUUAAUCUUCAUGGAGCCAUUUUAUCAUAGAGGAAAUAUCCGUUAGGAAAAAAAAUGAGACCAUGCAAUCAAUUCACCAAGUAUUUAUAAAUGCAUAAAGGAUAGUAUUUAUUCUUGGUGUACAGGUUUUGAGCCAAGUGUGUUUACUUAAAUUUGACUUUGUCUACUAUGGUGAAGCACUGAUUUUAUCAUAGGAAAAAAGUGAUCGCGUCUGAAUGGAAAUGGGACCAUGUUUACAAUGAAGCUGUGCUUCCCUUAAAGUUUAUGGGAGAAGAUGAACACAAUUUCAAAAGCAUGUAUUGCUGUCUAAAUAUGUAUAAGAAAGGUGUGAGGGGCUUCAUUUUAAGAACUGAUAACAAAAAAGAGUUAAAAAACUUAAAAAACUUAAAAAGAGUGAUUAUGAAAUAACCUAUGUGCAGAAAAAGACUGGACUGAAAUCUGUUUCCUUUUUCUAUGUGAGUAAGAUUGGUGCUGAAAAGAUUGGACUGUCAGGCCGGGGAUUUAGCUCAGUAGUUUUGCCGCCUGCCUCACAAGCGCAAGGUCCUGAGUUCGAUCCCUGGUACCAAAAAAAAAAAAAAAAAAAAAAAAAAAGAUUGGACUGUCUUGGUUUAGAAGCCCUGAUUCACAUUUUUCUUGACUCAAUUCUGACAGAUUGCAAACCUAUAGACUCACUUUUAAAUGAAUCCAAAUAUUGCAAAUGUGCCCCAAUAUGUAUUCUUUACAUCCCAAGGCAAUUUUAGUUCUGACUUGCUCUCUGUGGGUGAGAUAGAAACAAUCAGCUCUCUCUUCCACAUGAAACAGAUAAAAAGAUUUUGGUGUCCAUUGAGGAAAUGCUCGUUGUCUGUGGCGCUUUAAGAGAGGACCAAAACAGUGGCAAAGAUGUGUGUUUACUGUUGAAUUAGCUGGAGCAAAACCUCUUCACUUCUCCUUCCCACUUGCUCUUCUGUUCUGCAGACACCUGCUUUCCUGGUAGUCCAUAGUUACAUCACACAGUUUGAAAAGCAAGACAGGUAGUGUAGCUGAAAGGACCAAGAUUUCUUGACAUUCCAACUAUGUCUCUGGCUAAUAUGACUUUGGUUGUCAAUUUCCCUUCUCUAGACUCAUUUUUCCUUCUCGAGAAUAAGAAGACAGUGCUGUCCCUCUAUCACUAAAAUUCUCUGAGUCUCAUCCUCAUUUCUAGUUCUGUCUCUUUGGUUUUAUUUUGUUUAUUGAGACGGGGUUUCACUAUGUAGUCCAGGCUGGUCUUGAAUUCACUGUGUUGCCCAGGCUGGUCUCGAACUCAGAACAAUCCUCCCACCUCAGCCUCUUGAGUGCUGGGAUUACAGGUGUGCACCACCACGCCUGGCUUCUAGUUCUCUCUCCAAAGCAUUUAUGUAGCCCACUCGCUUAUGGUCACCCUGCUUUUGCUUCCCUUGCAAGAGUGACUCCUUGGAAACCCUUCAACCACUAUUCCCUACUCAUGGGCACAGUAGCACUAUGAAAGGAGACAUACCAUUCUAUUGCUUCCAGGGACUCUUUGGAGUCAUGUGCAUGAAUGAUGCUCCUUCCAUGAGCUUGCAAUGUUCUGGAAUUAGAGCGGAAAGAAGCACAAGGAAACGUAUUGCUAAAUCUUCUCAUUAGUCAAAGAGUACUCUUCCUACUCAUCCUUCUUCAACUUCGUGUACCUAUUAUCUUCAACUACUGCUCCAUAACUUUGCCCUUGGCUUCCUUUAAAGCUCUUGAAUAUAAAUCACUCCAUGCCUGGUUAGUUGCUCACAUACAUAGUAUUCUGAAUACCUAGAUUUCUGGCAUAUAGAAUCUGGCCACUAGUUCACACAUCCCUGAUCUACCUGCUUCCAGAGCCAUUUGGGGAGUAAGACUCGUCUUCGUGCCUCCUGGUUAACACUGCGGUGCAGAUUGUGUGACUCCUCAGCUUCUGGAAAAAGAGCGAGAAUACUGAGUGCUAGCGUAGCUGUGUGUCCUCAGGCAAAUCUUGCUACUUCUUUGAGACUCUUAAGUGAAAGUGCUGGAGGAGACCUUUGCCAACUAGUGACCGAGAACCGAUAAAACUAAUUUUGUGAAUUAACUACUGGGUUGCCUCAGAUUUUCUUACUAGGAAGGACUUAAUUGGGCCCUUAUCUAGGGGAAUCAAAGUUUUAUUUCACCUCAAAAACCUAAAACCUCACGAGUGAGACCCAAGACCCACGUACUGUCACCUCUCAGCAGGGCAGAGCGUGACAAGGGCUGGGACUGACAUUUCACGCCUGGCUUCCAAACAUAAUCAUGUUUAGUGCUUAUGUCUUCGGUGAGGGAAAAAAAAAUCAAUUUUUGCUGUGGAAAGCCAUCUGUGUUUAUUCAAUUGACAGAUACUACCUUUCAAUCUAUCUUAAAUUGAGCCUCCCUGAGGCAGGCAGCUCAACCGUGAUAGAUUAAGCAAUAAACAAAGCAGGCUUCCCACCGACGGCUGCAGCCGAUGGGGAAGGUGCAGCUGCUGUUGGGAGCGAGAUUGCACAGCAAGAUGAUCCUUCCUGCGCAGUGCAAACAGGGCCCCUCCCUGUUGAUGAUUUUAUGAUUCCCCAUAAACAUGAAUGGCUAAACGCUGUUCUUCUGGCUGCUCUCAUGCCCCCACUGAAACUGGCUUGCUGCCUCAUUAACAAGCCCUGGGUUUCCCUCUUUGUCCCCCAAACAAUUGGUUUCCUCUUGGAGGAUGGAGAACCCUUAGGUAAAUAAACUAUUUAGAGGAGGCUGCAGAUGAACCAAGCUUGUCUUGUGAAAAUCCACAAUGAAUAGAAGUAAAUGAACUCCACUCUACAGCAUGUACAUAUUCGAGUUCUAAAGUCCUUGUUUGUGCCAGCAGUAGCAGUUGGUCAUUGGUUUCCGAGUCUCUUCACACUUCAGAUGGUUUCCGGUAAGAGAUAGCUUGGUUUGGGUAUGAUAUGUUGAAUGGCACCUCAUCUGUGGACUAAAAGGUGGCUUUGUCGCCUUUCCAGGAAGCCAGAUAGAUAACAAGCACCCCCAGGGAACCUGACUAUGUGAGUGUUGCAUGAAUAACAUCCAUUUUUAUAGUGGUAAAAUUGGAGGGAUACAAACUUUCUUGUGCCCCUCCCAUUAGGAGGAGGCUAGAGUUGGAAGAAUAAGUUAGAAUUAGCCCUAGGAUUCUGCAGGGAAUGGAGCACAUUUGUCUAAUUUUAACAACAUUUUCAUGAAGUGGAUUAUUAGCUAAAAACAGGAAUUCUUCACUCUUUGGACCAAGCUCUCUGUGGGAUUUAUUCAAUGAAAGCAAACUUUCACAUGCUUUACUUGAUUCUGUACCUGGAUGGUCAUUCCAGUCCCACCCGGGAACCAUGCCACCACAUCGCAAAUAUUGUGCGCUCUCUUCCUAUAACUCUGGCCUCCAAAGAGGCCCUUUGUUAGGUGAUGAUGGGACAAGCAUUAGUUCCAGCUAAAUAUAUCCAGAGCAAUCAACAAAUAAGACACUGAGAACAAAUUUUUCUAAAACCUCACAUCAGUAAUGCAUUCAGUGGAAUUUAAAUAAUUUUUUUAAAGUUUCAAUGAGGCACAUAUAUUAAAUUGAAGAGCCUCUGGGUCAGAAUAUUACAUGUCCAUGAUUAAUUCAAAAGAAUACAUUGCAUUCCCCUAGUGUUCGCGGUCUAUAAAGCACUGUUGCACUCAUUACAUCUGAUCCAAGCCUCCUCCCCCGCUGGCCAAAGAGCUGCUUUACAUCCUUUACUAUGGGCAUCUAUAAAUAUUAAAUUCACUUACUAGUGACCAUUAGAUUAAAAGGCCCAUGAAACUAUGAGCCCAAAACCUGAAACCGUCAAUCUUAGAGCAUAUUUGAUUUACGAAAAGGCAAUUUCAUCUAGUUCAAUUUAAUCCGAUUUCAUUUUGUUCUGUUAUGCUUUAUUCUCACGGCCCAUUUUGGGACAUGGAAGAACAGUGCUGAUCAUUGCCUCCCAGUUUACAGGAUAUUCUGCUGCCCCCAGAAGUGAGUCUGUUUAACUUGGCACAAGGGAGGAACAGAGUCAUCAUUGGCUGCAAGAGAGGCAUGUUAGUGGGAACAAUAUUCCAUGUCACAGUGAAAUGGAAGGCCCAGAAGGGUGGGAUCCUUGGGAGCAAAAACACAGGCCACAAAAUGUGUUGCAUUUGUCCCAAACCUGCAUGGAGUCCUGUGGCUCUGGACAUACUGGGAUGGAAAUGACUCAAUUUUACCAAGCACCAUCGUGCAAAGUGCAACACUGGACAUAUAAAGUGGCGGCUCAGGAAGAUUACUUAGUGAUCCUAAGGUCACAUGGCAUAGUUGAAAGGUACAAUAUAAAUGUGAAGCUGACUCGAGUCCACAUCCAUACUAUUGCUCAGCACUGCUUUGCAAACUUAGCCUGUGAGAGAAACUCAGUUAACAGUACCUAAUAGAAAACUCUGUUCCUUACUCUACGUUUGGUCCAGCUGCCUGGGCCAGUGAUGGAGUCCAAGAAUACACACACAACAUGCAUCCAAACACAGAGGUUAGGGACUUCUUGAAGGCGAGGCUGAAAAGCAGUACCACAUUGCUGAGUGGGAAAGUACAGUUGUUUGUACCCUCAGCCCAUGCAGAGACUCGAGUCAGUGAUGAGCAGAAGCCUUGGGGAAAAUUUUCCACUUGUGACUAAUUGAAGAGAGAAACAAAACUUGGUGAAGGACUAAAAGAGAGGACCCACGUAAAAGCAGUCCUUCUCUGAAUCAGGAUUAGCUGGAGAAAAAGUGUCAGGAAAAGGUGGAGUUGCCAUGUGGAUGGUUUUGUGGGACCUGGGGACCCAGGCUACGUGAAUAUUUUCUAAUAGAAAAUACCUCUUGGACUAGGGUGCCAGGUGAGGAACUCAGGUACGGAAUUAGGAAUCUGAGUGCCCAGCCCUGGGUGCCCUGUUACUGACCAGAUACUACCCUCUCUCUGCCUUCUGUGAGUCCAUAUGUUUCUAGAUGAUAAGAUGUAUUUCUCCUCCAAAUUCAAAAUUCAUUCCCAGAGUCAUACAGUGAUAAGAAAAGACUCUCAUAAUUUUAUGGUCUUUAAAAAGAAUCAUUUUAAUAAGACCUCAUGCAUUCAAGACCUCACUAAGUCUCAGAGAACUCAGGACUUCAGUAUUUAAGUAAGGAACAUUAUAUAAUUUGGGCCUCUUGUAAAUGCAAAUUUUUCAUCACUUUGCUUCAAUUUUAGCUACUGACAUUGACAAUGCACUUGCAACACUAAAGAAGUAAAACUGAUUCUCUUUUACAAAUUUUUGCUGUAAUCUGGGUUUUACUGAUUUGAAUAUGCCCUUUCUUGUAUUCAAGUUGCUAGGGUUUGGGGGGUAGGAUUUGUUGAAACAGUCAGUUCGAUGAGUUGUAAAAAUACAUGGCACAGACGUCUUUAAUGUCAUCUUAUGUCUUGUUUUGAAUAUAUUUUGUAAAGUAUAAUUGUAUGUGUUACUAUUAACUAUAAAUAUUUAUUGUGUUGAAAAAUGUACUCUGUUAAAUAACUCAGAACAAGUUCCAGGUGUAAAUAGUGUCAUGACUUGGCUUUGCCUAGACUCCGUGGACAAAUGAGUUAUUUAUAAGAAAUUCAAAAUAUUAAUAUGAAUGAUUCAGAUCCUUUAAAUAUGCAAACCUAACUGUGUGGCCAUGUAAAAUGCUAUCAAAGCGUGCCCUUGGAUUUAAUAUUUAGUUUUCAAGAAAUGCUUCCAAUACUUCUAUCACAUUGUAUGUGGUCUAUAUGACAUUAGGUCAAAUCCAGUGUAGUAAGCUGAAUGUUUGCAUCAUAGAAGAUAAGAAAUUGGUGUCAUUCCUUAAUAUAAUAAAGCAUAAUUUAUGAAACAGACCAAUGCAUGUAUCUAAUGUUCAAUAAAAAAUAACUGUUGCAUGAA